GACCGGGAGCAGCGGGACGGGGACUGAGCCCGAGCCCGAGCCCGGCCAUGGACCUGCUUCCCCGCAGCCCCGGGGAGUUCGGUUCAUCCCGCUACUGGGAUCGGUUCUUCCGUCAGCGCGGGCAGCGGCCCUUCGAGUGGUACGGCGCCUUCCCGGAGCUCUGCCCCGUCCUGCACAAGUACGUCCGGCCCCGCGACAAGGUUCUGGUGGUGGGCUGUGGGAACUCAGAGCUGAGCGAGCAGAUGUACGACAUGGGGAUGUGCGAGGACAUCGUCAACAUCGACAUCAGCGACACCGUGAUCCGUCAGAUGCAAGAGCGGAGUGGGAGCAAGAGGCCGAAGAUGAGCUACCUGCUGAUGGACAUGCUUCAGAUGGACUUCCCUGAUGCCCACUUCCAGGUGGUCCUGGACAAAGGAACGCUGGAUGCCGUCCUCACUGACGAAGAGGAGGCCACUCUAGCCAAGGUGGACAAGAUGUUUGCCGAGAUCAGCCGGGUCCUGCAGGUAGGAGGACGCUAUCUCUGUGUCUCCUUGGCUCAAGCCCAUGUGCUGAAGAAAGCAGUGGAAUACUUCUCCCAGGAAGGCUGGGUUGUGCGUGUCCAUCAGGUGGCCAGCAGUGGUGACAAGCAGCAGUUUGUCCUACCAAUCUUUGUCUACGUCAUGACAAAGUUCAGGAAGAUCCCCGGCUCGGCACCGCAGAUCCUGGAGAUCUGCCCCGAGGAGCAGGACAAGCCGAUGCGGGUGGAGAGCGCGGAGCGGCUGGUGGCAGCAGUGAAGGACAGGCAGCAUUACGCCCUUCUCUGCAGCCAGCUGAGCAAAACCCCCUGCAGGGAGCAGGUUUCCCUGGAUCUGUGUGACAAAGAGAGCGGGAGGCCUCGCUACACACUGCAUGUGGUCGACAGCCCCUCGGUGAAACCUUCCCGGGACAAUCGCUUCGCCAUCUUCAUCAUCCCACAGGGCAGAGAAACCGAGUGGCUCUUUGGGACAGAGGAAGGGCGGAGGCAACUGGCCGCCAGUGCUGGCUUUGGGCGCCUGGUCACCGUGGCCCUGCACAGGGAGCAGCACUAUGAGGGCAUGGCAGGCAUCCAGGCGGAGCUGUCGGGGAAGGUGAUGGAGCUGGCCCCACCGGGCCUCCCUGCCCGGCAGCAGGUGCCCUUUCUGUCCGUGGGAGGGGACAUCGGGGUGCGGAUGGUGCAGCACUGCGACACCAGCCCCCUAAGCGGGGAGUACGUCGUGGAGGACGUGAAGGGGGAUGGCACCUCCUACUUCCGACGCCUCAUCUUCCUCAGCAAUAGGAACGUGGUGCAGUCGGAGGCCCGGCUUCUGGCCCCUGUGCCUCUCUCAGGCCAGAAGAAACGGAGGAAGGACAAGAAGAAAGCCAGCCCCACUGAGCCACCCACAGCCAUUGACAAGAGCUACCUGUGCUGUGAGCACCACAAGGCCAUGGUGGCGGGGCUCUGCCUGCUGGGGGGCCCCGACCCCCUCCCAGGAACCCCUCUGGCAGUGCUGGUGGUGGGGCUCGGCGGCGGCAGCCUGCCCCUCUUCAUCCACGACUACUUCUCGCAGGCCCGUGUGGCCGUGGUGGAGAUCGACCCCUCCAUGCUGGAGGUGGCCACGCGCUGGUUUGGCUUCUCCCAGGAUGACCGGAUGCGGGUGCACAUCUCCGAUGGCCUGGACUACGUGGCCAAGCUGGCGGCUGAAGCCCCAGCCCAGUAUGAUGCCAUCAUGUUCGAUGUGGACAGCAAAGACCUGACGGUGGGGAUGAGCUGCCCACCCCCGGCCUUUGUGGAAAAGCCCUUUCUGCAGAAAGUUAAAACCAUCCUGAAGCCCGAAGGAGUCUUCGUGCUCAACUUGGUGUGCCGUGAUGUCCCGCUGAAGGAGUCUGUCCUGGCCACCCUCAGGGAGGUCUUCCCGCUGCUCUACACACGCCGCAUUGAAGGGGAGGUCAACGAGAUCCUGUUCUGCCAGCUGAGCCCCGAGUGCCGGCGGGACCUCACAGAGCUGGGGGCACGUGCCCAGGCACUGGAGGGGGGCCUGCGACAGCCUGGACGCCCCUGGGACAGCUCGUAUGCUCUGGCAGACAUGCUGCAGGCUGUCAAGAUCCUCUGAGAGGGGCCUCGAUGCUGCUCGAAUGAGAGAGGCGUCCCCGUGUGGGUGCUGUGGCUGUGGAGGGGUGCCUGUGGCUGGGAUUGCCACCCCUGUGGAGCUGGUGGUGGCCGGGGUCUGCCUGAAGGACUGGACUGGUGUGGAGAGGUGCUCUCUGUAGCAUGGCUCCCCAGGAAGGGGUCUGGGACGGUGGGAAGCUAUGCAGCCCAAGGGGCAGCGUUGAGGCACUGAGGGGAGGGAGGUGGGUGCUGUGGGUCUGGCAGGAAUGUGGGUUUGGGUUUGUCCCCGCUGUGGAAAAAACAUCCCUUCGACUGUCCCCUUCCACCACAGAUGGCUCCUUCCUGCUGGUGCUGCCUCUCCCUGCAUCUCCAGCAUCCCUGGUCGCUGGUGCCUGUGCAGAGCCCCAGCCCUGCUCCAAGCCUGGUUGUGGAUGCGGGGGGGGUGGG